AUGACUUAUGAACGUUUAACUACAAUUAUGUUCCACUGUCAAGACCCCCACAAUCACCACCAGAGAAGACCAGCUACAACGGGAGAACUUUUGGUCGUCGGCCACCCAGGACACGAGCUUCAGUGCCGGUCGUGGGAGAGGCCGUGCAAGAUGGCGUUCCCCAAUUUGAUGUUGACACUUCUCUUCCCUGUUUUGGUCUUGGCCCAGAAUCUGUACCAACGACCCUCCGGAUACCAGCCCGGCCCGUAUGGCAGCUAUCUCAGGGGACACCGACUCCGACGACCGCAUUCAGGAUAUAGGCCAGUGUACUCGGUUCCUUUCCCCGGCGCGCAGUACAACAACGACUGCGGGAACCAGCUGCUGACAUGCGUGGAGGAGGAAGACUGCAGCAAAAAGGUGCACGCGAAUGGGCAAACGGAUGGGCAGAUUUGCCCCCCUUUCUUCAUGUAUGAAAAGAAGCUUGGAUACUGUGCUACCGUUGAGUUUGAACAGAAGAACAACCUAGACGCGAUGCAGGCGUGUGAGAGCCAAAACGCCAGGCUCUUGUUCUUCGAAAAUUCUGCGGAAUUCAAGCAGAUCGCCGAAAUGAAGAAAAAGAACGAGACCUUCUUCUUUGGUGAGAAAACUUACUGGCUGGAUGCUUACUACGACGACAAGAGCGAGACGUGGAUCAGGAGGACCACCAGGGAGCCUAUCAUUUGGGAACAGAUCUUCUCGCAAUUUACCCCGAUCGUAAACACGACGACCAACCUCGAAGUCGUUCGGCAUAUCAACACGACGCAGCGCUGUCUGACGGUCAUCUACAACUCGACGCAUCCAGAGCUCCUGCAGGUUGAGAAGGCCAAGUGUUCAGAAAAUAAGGAGAUUGCAUGCAAGCUAGGGUUUUAUACGAACAAAUGCCGAGAUAACAAAAACCAUGUGUGCUGCUUUUCUACCACUUCGGACUACUACUUAAAGAACACAUUGACAGGUACCGGCAGCACCAUUGGAGAAGCAGAUUCAAAUUGUUUCUUGGAGAUUAUAAAAGGAGGGAAGCCUGUCGUGGAGCCCUGUGAUAAAGUGCUAGCCACCCUGGAGCCCUCCACGGUCAAUAACACGGAGCUGAGAAUCCCCUACCGCAUUGGAUCGUCCUUCUUCUACUUGGACAACACGACGUGUCUGGGGAAGGCCGACCGGAAGGCUGUCGUGUCCGACAGGAAAGUCCACAACUUCAUCUCUCGCUACCUGGUCAUGGCCAACCUCGUGAAGAACUUGACUUACGACUCUUUCAUCAUCGGACUCCAGUACAAGGGCCACGUCCACAAGCUCAUCUGGCAGAAUGGUAGGCCGUACGAUUACUACAACGAGACCUUCUGGAACGGCUACCAACCCAACUUUGACAAGUUCGGCGACAGCCAUAAGCCAGUGUGCGGCCACUACGUCGUGUCGCCAAUUGACUACCAGUACAAGUGGGAGCUGAAGGGCAACUGUUCAGCGUCUGCCACGGAACCCGCGAUCUGUGAGCUACCCAUACGUUUCACCGACCUCAUGCCGACGACGAAGAAGGUGACCUGCGGGAUGCGACACCGGCGGGGCGUGUUGGCUCGUUCUGCCUACGCCAUUGGCCACGAACUGCAGGCGCUCUACGGUGAAUUCCCAUGGCAGGCGGCCAUCUAUAAGGUUCGAAAUAUCGGCGGUGGUCUGCAGAGUACCUUCGUCUGCUCUGGCGUCCUCGUCGACAAAGCCUUCGUCAUAACGCCCGCGCACUGUGUUGUGGGUCCUACCACGGACUUCACGGUGGUUUUUGGGGAGUACACUCUCGGGGGCGGAGGCAGCAUUUUGGAGAGGCAGGUGACGGGCGUGAGCGACAUCCUCGUCUAUCCAGGCUACGAGUCGACAAACCCGCUGGUCCACGACGUCGCCCUGGUGCAGCUGGACCGAGCCAUCGCCUUCGACAACUUCCCUCAGAUCGGCUUGGCUUGCCUGCCUUAUCCGGACAUCCUGUACCGGAAUACGGGCGCUUGGGACUGUUUCACUGUCGGAUGGAAUGGCAAAGCAGGGGCUCUCCAGCGCGUAGAAUCGAACCUUUUGUCGAAGCGGGACUGCCGUGUCUACACUCGCGCCUACCACGAGUUCCACGCCUACAUGCGACAGAGUCCCUACGGCUACGGGACUUCAGGCUACGACAAGGCGCACGGCUACCACGCUGCUACGUAUCAGAAACACCACUACUACAGUCAAAGCAUUCCUGACCUCCUUUGUACAGAGUCUUUCGAAACCAAGGCCUGUGUGGACGACCCCGCAGCCGUGCUAGUGUGCCGCCACGCCGCUCUACACGCAGACACCUUCUUCGGCUUCGGCAACCGCGGCUACCGCUACCACGCCCACCGCGGCCACAAGAGGACGAACGCGCGGAUCGUCAACGCCUACGGGAAGCACAGGUUCGACAGCGAGAAGUGGUACGUCAUGGGCCUCUCCCACAGCCUCUCCCCCUGUUCCGGGAAGGGCCAGGGGAGCUACAGGAAGGGAUAUGGAUCCCAGAGGAAGGACAUCAGCGUGUUCACUCCCGUGCACGAGUACCUCCCCUUCAUACACGCGCACCUGGAUGUCAAGCAGACGGCAGCGCCAACGACGUGAGGCGGCGAAACGCGCGGUAGGGACGUCGAGGCUAUGCCGUUUCCCCCACACGGUUUAUUUACGAACGAAAUCUUUUUAUUAACUUUCCCAAUAAUCGCAUAAACUGUAUCUAAACUGAAUUACCAAUAAAUUAUCAUUAUUUUUUA